GAACGCAAAGCUGUUUUAAGUUGGUGAAGAGCGGCAAUGGCGAAGAGCGAAGGAACGGGGAAGAAAGAUAACUCAGUGUUUGGAAUAUGGAUCAGCUUAUCUUCUCAUGGUCUAUUGCUGAUGUCCUCAACAACGAUCUCUUCAAGAAUAAGGUGGAGAUGAUACCAAAGACUUUUGAUACCACCGAAAGUUACUUCAGUUCAUUUACUUAUCCAUUGAUGGAAGAAGUGCGCGCUGAAGUGUGCUCCAGCUUGGAAUCUAUAUCUCAAGCACAUUUCGUCAAAAUAGAACACCUCCGGUGCACAAAGCGGAAGGAGCACAUCUAUUCCAUUUUAAUUGCACCACCAUUUCACACUGCAUCAGCUGGAAGCAAUGCUAUUUAUAGUCCCCACAAAGGAGACAUUCUUGUUCUGUCAGAAUUUAAACCUUCAGAUGUUUCUGAUCUGACAAAGAGUGGGCAAUCUUAUCGCCUUGUUUCGGUUUUUAAGGAUGAAUUUGAUGAUUUACCACCCAAUACUUAUGUAAUCAGAGCUUCAGAGGAAAUUGAUGAAGCGAAGUAUAACAGCAGCGACAACAACAAACAGAGAAGUAACCUGUUUGCAUUUUACCUGGUAAACGCAAUAACAUACAAUCGAAUUUGGAGGGCAAUCGACGUUGGGCUGGCUGCUAAGGGAAAUUUAAGUCUCGUUCUUAAGGUGUUGCAAGUUGAUCCAAAGGAUGCAGAAGAUUGUAGUUACUCACUGUUCAAUGUUGUUCGAAGAAUCCAAGGCAUUGACUUGGGCUGUUGUUUAUCCAAUUUAAAUCUUAACGAGUCUCAGACUGAUGCAAUAUUGAGUUGCAUAUCUGCACGACACCGCAACAAGAAAUCAAUAAACCUUAUUUGGGGACCCCCUGGUACUGGAAAGACGAAAACAAUCAGUGGCUUGGUUUGGCUUCUGGAUCUACUGAGAUGCAGGACGUUAAUAUGUGCACCUACAAAUACUGCAGUCAAAGAAGUUGCUUUACGGUUGUUGAAAUUGGUGAAGCAAUUUUCUGGCAACAGACGUUGUCGCUUGGGAGAUGUGGUAUUGUUUGGCAAUGAAGAAAGGAUGAGAAUCAGUGAUGACCUGCGGGAUGUGUUUCUGGAUUUCCGGAUAAAAAGUAUCCGAGAAUCUUUUGCACUGAAAACUGGAUGGAAGCAUUGCUUGAGUUCAAUGCUUGAGUUUUUUGAAGAUGGUGUUUCUCUACACCAAAAGUUUUUACAUGACAGAAAAGUCAGUGAGUGUAACAAAGACAUUUCAAAAGAAAAACAGGAUGGUUAUGAGGAUAAAAUGUUUUCAGAUGAUGAAUUGGGCGAUGACGAAGAGGCUUUUCUAUCAUUUGCUAGGAGAAAUUUCGGGGUCCGUUCAAAGCAAAUCUGUAGUUGUUUCAAGAUGUUGUAUCUGCAUAUACCUAGAGAAGCAUUGUCAGAAAGUAACUGCAAAGACAUUUUAAUUCUUUUUGAUUUACUUAAGGAAUUUGAGAACCUUCUCUGCAAGGUAGAUGCCGGCAGUAAACUGAAGGAAAUAUUUCAAUCCCGUGAAGAAAAGGUGGAAGAAAUGGUAAAUUUCGGAGGAGCCACAUCAUUCAUGAUUCGUAGAACUAGAGCCUCUUGUUGCAAAAUCUUAAGAGCUCUUGAGAAGUCACUGAAACAACUUCCUCCAAUCUCCAGCAAAGGUGCCAUCAAGAAUUUUUGUUUGCAAAAUGCUAACAUCAUUUUGUGUACUGCAUCGACUUCAGCCGGAUUAAACAAAUUAGAGACCAAGAAACCAUUUGAGAUGGUAGUCAUUGAUGAAGCUGCACAGUUGAAGGAAUGUGAAUCAUUAAUACCUUUGCAAAUAUUAUGGUUAAACCAUGCAGUUCUUAUUGGUGAUGAGUGCCAGUUGCCUGCUAUGGUUCGAAGCAAGGCUGCUGAAAAUUCACUGUUUGGAAGGAGUCUAUUUGAAAGGCUGAGUUCAUUAGGGCAUAAGAAACACCUGCUAAACAUGCAGUACAGGAUGCACCCUCAGAUAAGUUUGUUUCCAAAUACCAAUUUCUAUGACAAAAAAAUUAUGGAUGCACCAAAUGUCAUUGGAAAGAAUCAUGAACGAAAAUAUCUUCCAGGCCCUAUGUAUGGUCCUUAUUCAUUUAUAAACAUCGACCACGGAAUGGAGAGCUUUGAUAGUCUUGGACGAAGCAGAAAAAAUGAGGUUGAAAUAGUUGUUAUCUUGCAAAUAUUGAGAAAUCUUCAUAAAGCAAGUUCCAGAACACAAAAAGAGCUUAGUGUUGGCAUUAUAUGUCCAUACACUGCUCAAGUUCUUGCAAUUCGAGGAAAGCUAGGGAAAACGUAUCAGUCGAAUUCACUCAUGUCGGUUAAAGUUAAUUCUGUUGAUGGUUUUCAAGGCAGCGAGGAGGAUGUUAUUAUACUUUGCACUGUGAGGUCCAAUGCUGAUGGUUCUGUUGGAUUCCUUUCCAAUCUUAAUCGUGCCAAUGUUGCUUUGACUCGAGCAAGACAUUGCCUUUGGGUUGUGGGCAAUGGACCAACCUUAAUUAGCAGUGGAUCAAUUUGGGCAAAAUUAGUGUUUGAUGCAAAGUCUCGCCAAUGCUUUUUUAACGCAAUGGAGGAUGAAGAUAUUGCUUCUGCAAUCUUUAGAUCAGACUCUGAUCCAAGGAGCAUUGAUUCUCUUAACAUGGAUGGCUUAUACAUUAGCAGAAAAUCUAAAAAGAAUGACAAAGUUACAGGAACUUCAAACUCUCUUCCAGCAUCAUCAAGUAAACCUCAGGUCUCCAAAGGGAAGGGGUUGGCAACUUCACAUAAUUCAGUCAAACACAAUGAUGAUUCUGUGGCUUAUUUAAGAAAGCAGGAACCUCAGAGGAAUAAUGAAUGUUCGAAGGUCGUGUAUAGGCCUGUUAGUUCUGGUAGAAAUUUACCUGGAGAGAACUCUUUAGGUUCAGUUAAUCUUGGAAGGAAUGUGAAUAUUGCAGGUUUAAUGACGACUAAAUUUGAAGAUUCAGAAAUCCACAAAGCUUCUGAAGUUGAUCUGCUAGAAAAGGAUACUUGUGGUUUGGAGUACAUAUCUAGUGAAUCUAGUGAUGAAGAACUUGGUCAACGUCAGACGUUUGAUACUCCAGUUUCAGAAAUUGGGGACUUGGAUACGCCAACGAUCUGUAAGCUGAUCAAAAUUGUUGCUGGUCUACUUGGUCAUAAGAAUUGCAGGAGAAUGUCUGCCAAAGAAGUUUAUUGCUCGGAAGACAAAUGAAGCUGAAAGUUCCAUGAAUGGAAAUGCCCCACCACAGCUGGCUGAAUAAGAUCAUCAUAAGCCAAUUGAAUACACCUUCGUUUGACCAAUGGCUUGUCUUUUGGAUGAAGUUUCUGUGUAACGAUGCAAAACAAGAUGAGAUAGUAUCCCUGCUGAUGGCAGAAAUGGAUUCCAGUAAACUCCACCUGGAUCAUCAUCUGGAUCAAACUUUUGUUCUGUAACCCCUUUUUCUUUUCCCAUAGGCUGGCAUCAAUAUGACUCGGAUGAAAUCCAAGAGUAGAAGAUUGGAAAUGAAGUCACAACAUUCAGCAAAUGCUUCAAAAACUAGAAACAAUUAUUUAACCCAGAAAAAUCUCAUCUUUACUCAAUUCUCAGUUUUUGGCAACAAAAAGAUACAAUUUUUGCACAAACCCUCCAAUCCCCGACUUGUACAAAACCUAGAAAUCAAAACAAGGAGCAGCUCGGAUCCGAGGACGCCGCCGUCGACCUCAGAGGUCUCUGAGAAUGGGGAGGAGGUAGAGGAGGGAGGCAACGAAGGAAACGAAGCCGGCGAUCUCGGAGGGGGUAACGGCGGCAUCCGCGGCAGAGGCGCGCUCCUUGCCCCGCCACCGCCUCGUGAGGAGGUAGAAGGAAGCGAAGAGCAGCACGACGAAGACCCUCGUCGUGUACCGGCUCCGCUGGGGUCGUUCUCCUGCAGCUCGGUCGUCCGGCCCUCUUCCUCCGCUGCCGCCGCUGCCGGCGCCCGCAUCCAUGGGAAACGCCUGCUUCAGUUGACGACGGAGUACGGGCUCGAUCUGAUCUGAUGCUAGCAAUGGCGGAAAGUCUUCUCAUAUGCUGUGGGCUCAACGGAUUACGGCUUUAAAUGGGCCGUUGACAUGUAAAUAUAUUAUG